GAAGAAACAGAGAGAGAGAGAAAGGAAGUCAGAAAGUGUCCACAGAAUGUUUCCACCAUCAUUUCACAAUCUGUCGUUCAGUCAGUUUGCACACUGAUCACUUCUCUGUCGGCAGGAGACGGCAAGAAGAGAUCACCAGAAAACUAAGGAUGGCAGUUUGGGACAAAAAGAUUCUCUGGAGCUUCAUGAUCCUUCUGACAGGUGCUGUGGGUCAACCAUAUACUUAUCCAGGUAAUGUAACAGUGAAUUAUCCAGGUCCUGUUUGUGCUGUGAAAGGAUCGACUGUCACCCUCCACUGCACCUUCACACCACACAAGUCUUUCAUUAAAGAUGGAAGAGAAUAUCCACUGAGGAUCAUCAGAGUUGUCUGGUGCAAGAAUCAUGAAAUUUGUCAGGGAUCCACCCCGUCUGUGUACGACAGUAAGUCAGACACCAACAACCCUCGCUACCAAUACCUGGGAGACAAGAAGGGAAACUGCACUUUACAGAUCAGAGACAUACGGAGGGAAGACGACGCAACGUUUCGCUUCAGGAUGGAGACCAAUCAUUCUGCAGGACAUUAUACUGUAACAUCAGGAGUGAAGGUCACAGUCAUUGAUGAUCCUCAAAUGACAAUAAUCAGCUCCAGGAACCAGAGUCUGAUCAGAGAGGGUCAAACAGAGACACUGCUCUGCAUUUCAUCCUGCUCUUUCCACCAACUGGAGGUCACCUGGUUCAGAGAUGACCACGCCCUCUCAGAGUCUGGCCCCGCCCUCCAGCUCGGACCUCUGACUGCAGAGGAUUCUGGGAACUACACCUGCGGUCUGAAGACCAAUAGCAAGACUCGCUCCCGGCUGUACGAGGUGCGUGUGGAGGCAGCAGAGGAAGGUGAGAGUGAUAAAGUGUCUCUGAUAGUUGGUGUGGUGUUUGGUGUCCUGUUGGCUCUGGGCGCUCUCAUCCUGGGCUUCUUCAUCUUUAAAAGGAAACAAGAAGCAGAUAAGGAUCAGAGAAAUGUGGGAGGUGACGUUGGACAGAAGAGUCCUGAUAACCUCUACAGCAACAUCCUGCCUCAUGCUGAGCCGGACCGACUCAGUCAUCCACAGGAAACCGGAAGAGAUGUGGAGGAGAUCAGCUACGCUGCUGUCCAGUUCAAACACAAGAACCAGGCCAGACCAGUGGAGGAGGAAGAGGCCGUUAUCUACUCAUCUGUAGCCAACAGAGGCUGACGUCACAUCUCAUCCACAGGACUCACAUCGAACCUGAGACUCCUGUUAAAGUCCAUCUGUGUCUGUAUGAACGAGGUGAACCUCUGUACGUCCUGCUCCUGACUCUGCGUCUUAUUUUUCCACAUCAGCCUGAUUUUAUGAGAUCGGUCCGGGGAGCAGGGCCGGAUCAACCUGCUCAGGAGCCCCGGAGCAAAUGUUUGUUGUCGACCCCCAUCACACAGAACCCUGCAGGUACAGAAUUUAAGGUAUGAAUAAAUUGUCUGAGGAGGUGGCUGUGGGUGCAUAUGAAUAAAUCUUCUGCAUUUAGACCUGAACCACUUCAGACCAGAUGGAACUGGUUUUGUUGUCUAACUCUGUGAGUUUGAUUCUUAUCACAGACGCAGCUCUCUGUCUUCCUCUGAGCUGACUGAGCUGAUAAAAGUCAGUUAGCAUGUUAGCAUGUUAGCUCUUCCUGUUGUCAGUGUGUUUCUGGUUAAAUGUCUGAAAUAAGGUCUGUGGUUUUAACAAAAGCUCAAGACAUUUUCAGGUUUUAUUCUCCGACAUAAAAUGGGUCAGUAAAUCCCCCACUCCUGAUGUUUGAAGCUUUUACGUGUCUUAAAAUGAUGUGAAAAUCUUCCAAAGUCUGAUCCAAAACCCAGAAGUGCAGCUCUCUGGGAAACGCAGUGAACUUUUCUCUGUAAGAUUUAUUUUUAUUCUUUAUCUGUGAAGCUGAGUUUCGUCUCAGUGUCUCAUUGUUUUUACUGAUUAUGAUGUUUUUUCUUUUCUCAGUUUUGUUUGUGCAUAAAUAUUUUAUAGUUUAUUCUAAUUUAUUCGCUUGUAUUAGAGCUUUAUCUGGUGGUAAAUGUAAAUAGAGAUUUAUUGGAUGUAAUUAAAACAUGUGCACCGCCUGCACAGAGAGGAGACGUUCACUGACUCUGCAGGAGACUAACAGCUUUUGUCCCACAGUCAGUGAAGUAAACAUCAUACCCAGAGCUGAUCUCUCUCCUCUCUGUGUCACACUCAGUGUUUCUGAUAUUAAAGCAUAAAACAAAUAAAGAAGCUGAUGUUUCCACA